GCCGACGCAGGCAAUCCCCAGAAUGGUAUAAUUCCUCUCGAAGGGGGAAUUGCAACUACAAGAAAUACCGCACUGUGGCAUGCUAAGCCCCCAUGUCGACAAGCUGUCCGGUUUUUAAGAUGCUGCAUACUGCAUCCAGAUCGUGCAUACGAAUGGGGGGAUGAUGGAAGUGGAAGGGGGGUGGAAAGGGAAAAAAAAGGCAGACAGGCAGGUAGGCAGACCGAGAAGCCAUAAUCGUCAGCACCAUUUGUUACCAACCACCGUCUGUACGACCGACCCGAGAAAAAGCAAAACCAGCAGCAGCGCGUGGGUUUUUUUUCGCACCCCCUACUUGCGUGGGCCGAUCCCAAAUCGGCAGCUCGAUAGUGACACAAGGUGUGGAUGUAAACGAAUGACGGGGGCGAUUUUGAAAUCCUACAAUCCUACAAUCCAGGUACUGAAUCUGACUAAACCACCACGGGGCGUACGCAUGUACAUCAUCGAAAAGUCAGUUGCCUGUGGGUUCAGACUGACGUGCUGGCAUGCGCGAGCCGAUGGGCCAUUCCGGGCACGACGACUGGUCCGGAUGAGUCUGGGCCACGGGCUGAGAGACGAGACUAGGUUAAUAGAAGAAGGUACGCGAGUCGGCACUGACGUACCAUGAGGCGUCCUUACAGGUGCAUCAACGAAGGGGGAGGGGAGACUGGAGACCCUGGAGGUACUUGGGAGGUACUCUGACCCGAACAGCCCAGCGGCUAGUGGAAAAUCAACAACAACCCGGCAGGCGAUCCACCAGGCGGCCGAGUCCAGAAUUGGUCUCGCUCGUCUUGUCUAGUCUCGACGCAGCAGCCGAAAGGGUUG